AUUUAGUCUGUACGCAGUCGUUGUGGUUUGCAGGGAGACAUGCAACUUCUCUUCAGCUCGAGUUGGAUCAUGCCAUAAUCAUCUGACUGGGAGGUGGGCAGGAGAAGUGACUGGAUGUCAGACAUGGACCAGAACAACUCAGGGCCACAGGCUCAGCCCAAUUAUCAGUGGCUUUCUUUUGCCUACCAAAGCCUCACAGAGAUCCCCUAUGACUCCAUCCUAAUGCAGACUGAGACGCUAGAGGUCCUGGACUUAAGCUACAACUUGCUCCAGGAUCCCUAUUGGAACCCGGCUCUCCUGGGUCAUCUGGAGAAGCUCAGUACUUUGAUCCUGGAUUGUAACAACUACACGUCCCACGUCAAGUUCCCCUACAUGGACACACUCACCACCCUGUGCAUCAACAAGAACAAGAUCAACAACUUGCCUGUGUUUGUGGAGGAGGUCAGGAAGAAGUUCCCAAACAUUAAAAUUCUGAGUAUGAUGAACAAUGAGGCUGCCCCAAGUUAUUUCAACGGGGGAAGUCUGACACAGUACAAAGACUACAGGUUAUAUGUCAUCAGUCAAAUUCCAGGGUUGGAGAUCUUGGAUGACACAGAGGUAAUGGAGAAGGAGAGAAUUCAGGCCAGAAAAACGUAUCGACUUCACCGAGUGAGCUAUAGCAGCAAGAGGAGGAAGGAGGAACUGUCAAAGAAACACAUCAAGAAAUCAAAUUCUGUCAUCUGAUAUACUGCAUGAACAAAUGUUUUCAGUUUUUACAGUAUGGGAGA